GUCAAUAGGCGUGUCGUCAAAGCUAAUUCGAAUAUCGGAGUAAGCAAGCGAAGUCGCGGGGUAAAAGCACGGAGUAUAUCCUCAGUAUAACUGAUUCAAAACUCCCACGUAUUGUACUCCAUAUCUUCCAAUCACUGGACCAACAUUAAAAAUGUCUACAACAACCACCAUCACGACGCCUCCUACAACGUCCAAACUCGAGCUUCGUACCGCGUAUGGUCCAGUAUAUCGAGAUGUUUUGAAUACUCCACCUCGGGAUUGCACAGCAGCUGAAAUCCCAAUCAUUGACCUGUCCCGUCUGUAUUCCGAGAAGUUAGAAGACCGUAAAGCGUUGGCAACGGACAUACGAGCAGCUGCCAUCAAUACAGGGUUCUUCUACAUCAAGAACCAUGGUAUUGAGAAACAGACGAUCGCUGAUGCCAAAAAGCAGCUAUUGGCGUUCUUCAAACAGCCGAUGGAAGACAAGAUGAAGAUCAGCCAACAAUUCUCCAAAUACUAUAACGGUUACAAAGGCCCAAGACAAACUUUCAUCAGUCCUGGUGAGAGUGUCGAUGUCAAAGAAUCUAUGGGAUGGAGGUACGAUCCCAGAUAUGAUCCAGACACAAAGGACCUCAACGCCAUCCCAGAAGAAGUCAAGCCAUGGAUUCGGGGCGAAGAAUUCGUCUGGGAAGGGACCUCCCAACUACCCGGCUUCAAAGAAGAGGUUCUCCGGUACUGGUCAUCAUGCCUGACCCUAGCCAGAAAACUAGUGAAAAUCUUUGCUCUCAGCCUUAAUAUCCCAGAAGACUAUUUUGAUAGUCGGACAACGUAUCCUGGUGCAGACGGAGUAUUCAACUAUUACCCAGUCACCACGGAAGAAGAGAAGGAGAAUAACUCGGUAGGGCUUGGUAGCCAUACUGAUCUGCAACUUUUCACGCUGCUGUGGCAAGAUAUGAUUGGUGGACUGCAAGUGUUGAAUAAGGAUGGCCAGUGGAUCAAAGCUGUCCCUGUGGAAGGGACCAUUGUGGUCAACAUUGGAGAUUUCAUGAUGAGACUGUGCAAUGACAUCUACAAGAGUACUGUGCACCGUGUGUAUAAUCGAGCUCAAGUUGAGCGUGUAUCGAUGCCUUUCUUCUUUGGUCUCAAUUUUAACUGCGUCGAGGGAGUCAUCCCAUCAUGCGCAUCGGAGAAGAAUCCACCAAAGUAUGAGGCGAUGAGUUGUGGUGACUGGUGCCAAUUGAGAUUCAAACUUGAAAACGAUGAGAUGAAGAAGAGAUUGGCUUCGGAAGCACAGGCACCUAGUGCCUUGAUUGUGGCAGCAUAGACUCAAUAGCUGCAAAACAAAUUGAACGUAGCAUUGCCUUGUGCAAAGACUCCCUUCGUGAGCUCAUCAUUCACGAUGCUAUUUUUUGUGAUUCUGUAGCCAUUUCAG